UUACUCGAGAACAGAUGACUCAAAGGAACUGCAUCACUUCCUCUUUCCUGAACUUCCUAACACGAUAGGUUCAAAUGAGUGGUGGGUGGUAACUAAAGCUCCCUUGGGGAUGUGGUAGCUGAGCAAGAUUACAGCUGUUUAAACUUAGGAGAGAGAGAGAGAGAGUGAUCAGUUCAAAGAAAGGAGAAGACUCUCUCAUUGACUUAAACAUACUUCUGCCACAGGAGGAGACGAAAGGAGGAGACAUUUUCAUCUAUACACCAACUAGAAAGAGCGUGAAGCUAUGGCCAAAAGCAUGAAAGCCAAGUCAAUCAGUGGCCAUCCAGAGGGGCCGUACCGGGCGGUGGAGGCCUUGGACAGUCUAGCGCAUAUAGCCUUUGAGGGGAAGGACACACUGGAUAAGCUGUUUGACCAUACAGUGCAAAGAUUUGGCAAGGCUCCGUGUCUGGGCACCCGAGACAUCCUGAGUGAGGAGACUGAGACACAAACCAACGGGAAGAUCUUCAAGAAGUUGGUCCUGGGCGAGUACCACUGGAUGUCUUAUGAGGAAGUGAAUCAAACCGCGCGCUUUUUUGGCAGCGGCCUUGCGGCGAUAGGUCAGCAGCCAAAGAGAACCAUCGCAAUCUUCUGUGAAACACGGGCUGAGUGGAUGAUUGCAGCUCAGGCGUGCUUCAAACAUAACUUCCCCUUGGUAACACUUUAUGCAACGCUGGGGGAAGACGCAGUUGCCUAUGGGCUGAAUGAGUGUGGUGCCACACACCUUAUCACAAGUGUGGAACUCAUGGAGACCAAACUAAAGAGCAUCUUGUCCAGUGUCCCGGCUUUGACCCAUGUCAUCUAUGUGGACAGUAAGGAUGUGAGUACUGCUGGCUACCCUGAGUCUCUUGUGAUCCAAAGCAUGCAGUCAGUCACAGACCUGGGAGCCAUACCUGAAAACUUGAAUAUGGCGGUGGAGCCCCCUCUCCCCUCUGACCUGGCAAUGGUGAUGUACACCAGUGGCUCGACGGGCUCCCCCAAAGGAGUCAUGAUUGUCCAUAGCAACCUCAUUGCUGGUAUGGCUGGCCAGUGCCAAAGAAUUCCUGGUCUAGGUCCGCAGGACACAUACAUUGGUUAUUUGCCACUGGCCCACGUCCUCGAAUUGACAGCGGAAAUAUCCUGCAUAACCUAUGGCUGCCGGGUUGGGUACUCCUCCCCCCAAACCCUCUCAGACCAGUCAACGAAGAUCAAAAAAGGAACCAAGGGAGACUGCACAACACUUCAGCCCACACUGAUGGCAGCUGUACCGGAGAUAAUGGACCGGAUCUAUAAGAAUGUGAUGAAUAAAGUUCAAGACAUGAAUUACAUGCAGCGGACUCUAUUCAAAAUGGGAUACAACUACAAACUCGAGCAGCUCAAAUUGGGCAACGAUACUCCCAUUUGCAACAUGCUUUUGUUUGCGAAAGUGAAGGCUUUACUGGGGGGGAACCUAAGGAGGAUGCUGUCAGGCGGUGCACCCCUGUCCCCAACCACCCAGCACUUCAUGAACGUGUGCUUCUCCAUUUCUGUGAGCAAGGGCUAUGGCCUCACGGAGACCUGUGGAGCUGGCACCAUCACUCAAGCUUUUGACCACAGCACCAAAAGAGUUGGAGCUCCACUUAUCUGCUCUGAGAUCAAAUUACGAGACUGGUUAGAGGGUGGCUACACCAGUGAGGAUAAGCCUAAUCCCCGUGGCGAGAUCAUGAUUGGUGGGCCUAAUGUGGCUUUGGGCUACUAUAAGAAUGAUAGUCUGAAUGACGAUUUCUUGGUGGAUGCCAAUGGCCAGCGGUGGUUCUGCACAGGAGAUAUUGGAGAGAUUCACCCAGACGGUAGUUUACAGAUUGUGGACCGUAAGAAGGACUUAGUGAAGCUGCCGGCAGGGGAGUAUGUCUCUCUGGGAAAGGUGGAAUCUGUACUGAAAAACUGCCCCCUUGUUGACAACAUCUGUGCCUAUGCCAACAGUGACCAGAGCUACGUGAUCUGCUUUGUGGUACCAAACCAGAAGCAGCUGACAGCAUUGGCAAACAAGAGUGGAGUAGAGGGAGAGUUGGGUGAGCUCUGCAGCCAUCCUACGGUGGAGAAAGAGGUUCUGAAGGCCAUCAAGGAAGUUGCAACGUCCAGUAAACUGCAGCGGUUUGAGAUUCCAGCGAAAGUGUUUCUGAGCCCAGAGCCCUGGACACCAGAGACGGGGUUGGUCACGGAUGCAUUCAAACUGAAAAGGACGGAGCUGAGGAAGCACUACUUGUCAGACAUUGAGAGAAUGUAUGGAGCAAAGUAGAAACAAAUGGACAGACUAAAAAAAAAUCUCUCGUGGUACUUUUCAUCUCUUACAAAUUUGGACAUUUUGGGGCAUUUCUUUUGCAAUUUGUGACAUAAUACAAGCUCAUUAGCUUUGCCGUGGUGUAAGUUAAAAAUUACAACAUUGUACAGUUAAAGAAUAAUAUUAUUCCCAGAGGAAAAUAUUUGAUGUAAAUACAGAAGGUCACUGUUAACAGUGUUCACACUGUUUGUACUAUUAUCAAUGUCUUUUAUAUUUUGGGGCUCCUAGUCUAGUCUCUGUACGUAGAGUAUCAGUGUUUGUCCAAAAUGUAUGUUGUCAGGAGUGGAGGAUGAUUAUCAGAUAUCAGUGUGUAGGCAUGAACAGCCACAGUGGAGGAUAUGAUGUCUGUAUUUUUAGAGCAUACUGCUCUCUGGAGGGCAUUUGUCCAACUAUUUUGGUCACUAUAAUUCUAUACUUUAUCGUCUUAUUGAGCUAUUUAUGCCAUUUCACCUAUGAAUUACAUACCAUUUUCAUA